AUGGCAGAUUGCAUUCUCGUUCCCACAGUCAUUGUUGGACUGGCUAGAGAAGUCGCCUGCUGUUUUAUUUUCUUCUCUCCACUUGGUUUUUCCUUGACUGGUUCUCACGCUGCAAACAGAUCUGUUCUUAUAAAGGCCACCACUGAACGCAGUACGUCAAGCACAACUCAGCCUCGCCGCCCUACGCCAGGCUCCUCUUCUGCACUGGAUCAAAGACGCCUUAUGUCUGGUAUUAAACGAAGAAGCAUUUCAAACUCCGACCGGGACCCAAAGCGUGCACAUACAGGCUCGUCCGAACCCAACAACCUCGUUGAGGAAGUCGAAGGCACUCCAAAGGUCGCGGAGACGGCGGUUACGGGGACUAAACCAGUAGAAGCUCGCGUUCUCGCCGGGUUUCUUCCCGGACUAGACGCCUACAGCGGAUCCUGUUCGGACAGCUCUAGCGACUCCUCCACUGACGUUGAGGACGCUGCCCAGACCCUCGACGUCAUCGCAAUGACACGGACCAAAUCCUCCUCCAGUGGUGGUGAAUAA